GUUGCUUCCAGCUUUGUUCCUGUCCUGGCUGUCUGUCUGCUUUAGCCUUUGGAUUUGUACCUGAUUUGACUAUCUCCCCGCCCCCCUCACCUCACUGACCCAUGAAAGAAGCCAUGCCGGUCCUCACAGCAGGAGCGGGGCUACAUGAAACGUUGGCCCUGCUGACCUCUCAGCUGCGUCCCGAUGCCAAUCACAAAGAGGACAUGGUCUUCCUCAAAGAUGUUUUCAGUGAGAGGAGCUUGGGAUACCUCAUGAAGAUUCAUGAGAAGUUAAGACAGUAUGAGAGACAGAGUCCAACACCCGUCCUCCACAGUGCCUCUUCUCUGGCAGAAGAUGUGGCAGAGGAGCUGCAGAGUGGACCAAUGAGCACAGAGGAGAAGGAGCUGCUGCACCUGCUGACAUCACCACAUCUCAAGGCCGUUCUCUCGGUGCACGACACCGUGGCUCAGAAGAACUUUGACCCUGUGCUUCCGCCACUACCAGACGACUUUGAGGAUGAGCUGGAGGAAGAGUCGGUGAAGAUUGUCAGGCUGGUGAAGAACAAGGAGCCUCUGGGAGCCACCAUCAGGCGGGAUGAUGCCACUGGGACGGUGAUCGUGGCUCGGAUCAUGAGAGGGGGCGCAGCUGACAGAAGUGGUUUGGUCCAUGUAGGAGAUGAACUCAGGGAGGUAAACGGAGUCUCUGUGAUCAACAAGAGGCCUGAUGAGAUCAGUCAGCUGCUGUCCCAGUCCCAGGGCUCCAUCACUCUAAAGAUAAUCCCUGCCAUUAAAGAAGAGGACCGCCUGAAGGAGAGCAAGGUGCACAUGAGAGCCUUGUUUGACUACAUCCCACUAGAAGACAAGGCAACGCCUUGCCAAGAAGCGGGACUUCCCUUUAAACGGGGAGACAUCCUGCAGGUUGUGACCCAAGAUGAUCCAACGUGGUGGCAGGCCAAGCGUGUGGGAGACAGCAACCUGCGGGCCGGACUCAUCCCCUCCAAACAGUUCCAGGAGAGGCGACUGGCCUACAGGAUGAAAAUGGGCACACUCCCGAAUCCAAAAUCCCCUAAAAAGCCUGUCUAUGACCAUGGAUGUGAUAAAGAGGACUGUGACUGUGAGGGCUAUUUCAAUGGACAGUACAUAGCUGGUUUGCGAAGGAGUUUCCGGCUUAGUCGUAAGGACAGGCAAGGAUCCUCCGGAGAGGGCUCUGAUCCUGGAGAUCCCGAGUUCCUGACUUAUGAAGAGGUGACCCGCUACCAACAGAGGCCCCAUGAGAGGCCCCGUCUGGUGGUUCUGAUUGGUUCUCUUGGAGCACGAAUCAAUGAACUUAAACAGCGGGUGAUUGCUGAAAACCCACAUCGUUUUGCAGUAGCUGUACCACAUACCACCAGGCCCAAGAAACCUCAUGAGAAGGAGGGGGUGGAGUACCACUUUGUCACCAAACAGCAAUUUGAUGCAGAUGCUUUAAACAACAAGUUCAUAGAGCACGGGGAAUACAAAGAGAACCAGUAUGGCACAAGUAUAGAAGCUAUCCGCUCUGUACAGGCCAAGAAUAAGAUGUGCAUAGUGGACGUGCAGCCUGAGGCCCUGAAAAGGCUACGGACAGCGGAGUUCAAGCCCUAUGUAAUAUUUGUCAAACCUCGUGUUCCUGAGAGCAGACGUCGCCGCAGCGCCGCCACCUCACCAGGAGGGGGAGAGCAUGGCCGCAUGACAGAUGAAGACCUCCAGGAGAUGCGUCAGUCUGCUAUUCAGAUUGACCAGCAGUAUGGACACCUGGUUGACCGGGUCCUGAUCAAGGAGGACUCAGCCAGUGCCUGUACAGAACUGCGAGGUAUCUUGGAAAGGCUGGAGCGAGAGUCCUUCUGGGUGCCUGUCAGCUGGGUGCGGACCUAAACUUACUCCCCCUGUAUUAUCCAGAAGAACUUCAGACAACCCACCCAAAUCCUACACCAGUCCUCUCCUAAUGAGCAGAUCCCACCCCCCUACCCCAAAUGUCCUUCUGGCCAGCCUAGGAAUCUGCUGAACUCCCUCUGACUGACGCAGGACUGGUCAGACAACCAUAAACCGAGGCACCAAAGGGAGUGGAUGAUGUCAGAGGAAUACCUCAUUGUCUGGGGUGAUGCAGCAGAUUGUCAGCUCUCUUGGCUCAAAUCAGUUUAAAUACCCAAAACUCAGUCUUACGGGCACUUCCUCAAGUCAUAUUUAUUCAGGUUUGGUUUGUAUGCGUUUGACUUUGGAGCCAAGAGACAGAUUGAAGUUUGUAGUUGAAGCAGUGUUUUAUUCCCAGUCACUCUUUCUAGCUGCAUUGUUCACUAGAGUGUCAGGUUUGGGAUCCCUCUCAGAGGAUUGCUCAGUCAGUCAGCUUUAUUGUGACUCUUGUUGGAGUACCUUUUAGUAGCAUGGUUUUUUUUUGGUUUUACUCAACUCAAUGCCAAUCCCAGAAUGCUUCCAGUUAAUUCCUCCUGCUCAUGUAUCCUGGACAGUAUAAGAACCAAUCAUACAUUCAACAGGACUAAUUAAUAUAAAUUUAAGUGAAUGCCAUUUGAAAUUGUUCUUUUUGCUAAACCAUAAAUCUCAUUUACACACACAUGGACAGAAACAAAAUGAUAUCCAAAUGGAAUGUGAGAAUUUUAUUUUCUAUAAAACUGUUUGUUUUUAGGAAAAGCAUGACAACUGAUCAUUUAAUCUCAGAUGUAAAUAUUGUAAAUGUUACUCCUCGUGUGCCAACGAAAGGUCUCGUAGCACUUCAAUGCAACCUGUUUACCGUUGAUCCCUGGGAACUCACAUGUGUUUGUGUGUAGAAUAAUACUGUGCACAAAGUAUGUGAGGAUGGAUGUCAGUGUAUGUGCACAUGCAUCAACAUAAGAUGCUAAUUUUACUUACAGGAAUGGGUUUUUAACAGUUUCCUUGCACAUAUCUGCAUUAUGUAUUUAUGAGGUCGGUCGGUACUAGAUGUCUGUUUUCUUUGAUAAUCAGGGUUUUGAUUCAUUGAUGUCUUGUCAGACUGGAGAUACAUUGUUGAGAUUGGAGACCAAAUAUUCACAGAUUUCAGAAUCAAUUUGUCGAUGCAUUGAUCAGUAGAAAAUCAAGCAAAUGUUUUGAUAAUUGAUUAAUAUUUAAGUAUUAGCAAAAAUGCAAAACAUUCCCUGGUUAUAAUUGUUUAUUUUCUCUCUAAUGGUUGUUAAACAUUCCUGCCUAACACAAUUUUGAAAGUAUUGGGGUGGGGGCAGUCCUCAUUCUGUGUAAAAAUGCUUUAAAAGUUUAGUGCAGGCUAACACACACACAGUAUAAGGCUUUGGAGGUCUAUGUUGGCCAAAUCAAGUGGGUAUGUUCCAAAGUCUGUUUUUGUUAUCUUCUGCUGAAUGUCAGCAAGGUAUGCUGUCUGGUCAAACGACGAGUGAAUUUGGUACCAACAAUACAGUAACUUUAGAAGAGAAUCAUUUAACUCAGAAUGAAGCCUCAUUAGCUUCAGCUGAACUGAAGUAGUAAAACAAUUUUGUCACCAUCACUUGCACUAAAAUCAUUUUAGGAAGAGAUCUUUUCACAACCAGUCUGGAGAAAGGGAAUAAUUACAUUAACUAAGAGCCCCUUCAAGGUAAAUUUAGGCAUGCAAAUAUUAUCAAGAAAGACUUAAAAAUGUGAACCUAUCCUAAUGAAAAACCAGUUAUCUAUAUGGCUUGACAAAAUUUUGGAUUAACUAUCUUGAGUGUGUGUGGUGAUACUGAGUUAAAAAUAAAAAACAUGCAAUGUUCAGAUCUUUACAUGUGCUGUAUGAACCAAGAAACCCUGAAUGUUGAGUUUGUAAUGUGACAUGUACAAAGUGCCAUAAUAAAGCUAGCUGAAUCAAAAA